CACUCAUAUAUUCUCUCUCCCUCUCUCUCUCUCUCUCUCUCUGAGAUACACACACACACACACGCUCCUGGAUUUGCAGAAGACAGACAUCUAGGGCACUUCUUGGCAUCCACAGGAAAAUCAUAUGGGAUUAAAAAAACACAGCAGAAUUGCUGAAAGCUUCCUCUCAAGGAUUACAACUUCACCUUUUGCUUUUACGGAUGCUUGUUUACUAUCCAUGUGGUAACCUCUGGACAGCCAGUAAUCCAUUCAUUAUCCACACUGAUUGAGUGCAGGAGUAGUGCAGUGGCAACUACUUCACUCAGCUGACGGCAGACGACAAAAGGAGGGAAAUGAUGAAUUCAGACAAUUUAACCUCCCAAAGCUUCCUCUCUGCGAUUCACAGCAACGCGAGCAAUUUAUUCUCAGGGCUCCAGUUUGUUCAGACCUUCAAGCCACUCAUCAUCCCCUGCUACUCACUAGUGGUUUUUAUUGGUGUCAUUGGGAAUUACCUUCUCAUUUAUGUUAUCUGCAAGACCAAAAAAAUGCACAAUGUCACCAACUUUCUGGUAGGCAAUCUGGCUUUUUCAGACAUGCUCAUGUGUGCGACCUGUGUACCCCUGACACUCGCGUAUGCCUUUGAGCCCAGAGGAUGGGUAUAUGGGCGUUUCAUGUGCUACUUUGUUUUCCUGAUGCAGCCCGUCACUGUGUUUGUGUCUGUCUUCACGCUGACUGUCAUAGCUGUGGAUAGGUAUUACGCCAUGGUGCACCCAUUCCGCAGGAGGCUCACAAUCCCUAUUUGUGCUUAUAUCCUGGCCGCUAUUUGGCUGCUGAGCUGUACCUUGGCUGCCCCAGCCUUGGUCCACACUUACCACGCGGAGUUCCCAGAACUGGACUUCUCCAUCUGUGAGGAGUUUUGGUUCCACAUGAAAAGAGAUCGCUUAGCUUACGCCUACAGCACCCUCAUCAUCACCUACAUACUGCCUUUGGCUGUCAUCUCCCUGUCCUACCUGAGAAUCUCAGUCAAGCUGAAAAACCGUGUAGUCCCGGGCAACGUCACCCAGGGCCAAGCUGAGUGGGACCGAGCAAGGAGGAGAAAGACUUUUCGCUUGUUAGUCUUAGUGGUGGCAGCCUUUGGAGUCUGUUGGCUGCCUCUGCACAUCUUCAACAUGAUAAAGGACAUAGAUAUCAGCUUGAUUGACAAGCAGUACUUCAAUUUCAUCCAGCUGCUGUGCCACUGGUUUGCAAUGAUGUCUGCUUGUACCAAUGCCUUCCUCUAUGCCUGGCUCCAUGACAGCUUCAGGGGGGAGCUGAAGAAAAUGUUUGCCUGGAGAAAGAAGAAAAUUGGACCCACUACAAAUUGCAUUAUGGCCAGUGUGGUGUUGUAAAAGACAGCUGGUGGGAGUUCACUUCCUUUGCACAGUAACACUGUAAGUCUUUUCCACCAUUAAUUAGUCCUGAUUCCCGACAUUUGUCCUCAGGGCUCAAUUAUGCCACCACAAGUCCCAUGCAUAUCUUCCCCAGCAUCUCCACUCCCACUGGAGGAGAGGCAUAUGUCAGAUCCUAAAAAUGUCUUUACUUCUUUGACAGGAUUUAGAGGCCAAAGAGGUGUUAGCACAGUAAGGUAUCUUUAUGUAAACAACAGGUCCCUGCUAUCAGUUUUGGAUAUUUCCUGCUGUACAGACGUGGGAUCUGGGGACAAGGAGAAGCAAGGAUUAAUAUUGGACCCAAAUAUCUCAGUGAGGACGUGCUUUGCAUUGGGCAAAAAUUAAAUCUGCAUAUCUUUACAGAAACCAGUCUUUGGUACAGGAUCCAGAGUGGAGGACUAACAGUAUUUUUGUACUCCUCUUGGGUUAGUGCCAUG